AUGUCUACCUCCUCCGUCUGGCUCAUCACGGGCGCGACGAGCGGCAUAGGGCUAGACCUGGCCAAGGCCGCUCUGGCCGCCGGCCACACGGUGAUUGCCGGCUGUCGUGAUACCUCCAAGAUUGCCACCGUGGCAGCUGAGCUGGAACAGCGCGGCGUCACUUGGCUGACCCUGGAUGUGGGAGCUGACGAUGUAGUCGAGGCUAAAAUACAGGAAUGCAUCGCCAAGUUCGGCCGCAUCGAUGUUCUCGUCAACAAUGCCGGAUAUGGAGUCAUGGGGGCUAUCGAGGAUAUCAGCAUUAGUCAAGUCACGGCUCAGUUCAACGUCAACUUGCUCGGCCCCUUGCGCACCAUUCAAGCCGUGCUCCCUUCGAUGCGCGAUCGCAGAUCUGGCACCAUUGUCAACAUCUCCAGUACAAACGGCAUCACCUCCAUGCCCGGUCUUGGAGUCUAUGGCGCCAGCAAAUUUGCUCUAGAGGGCCUUACCGAGGGUCUUCAGAUGGAGGUGGCACCCUUUGGCAUCCGCGUCCUGCUCGUCGAGCCGGGCAUGGUGGCUACCCGCCUAGCCGACCCCAAGGGCUCCGGCACCAUUGUCCCGCUGAGCGAGCCGUACCGGGACUCGCUUGUCGACCAGACUAUGCAAGGGAUCCUGGGCGCCUACGCCGCCGGGAUGGGAGCCAGCGCCGAAAAGACGGCGCUCCGAAUCGUCGAGGCGGUCGACGGCACCGGGCUUCUGGAGGGUAGACAAGAUAGCGUCAAACUUAGGCUGCCACUGGGCGCGGAUGCGGCCGAGACGUUUCAGAAGAAGGGGGCGGAGUUUUCUGGUCUGUAUAGUGAUUUGAAGGAUGUUUCGGAAAGUAUCGGUUGA